AUGGGGCGUUGCAUUAGUCCGCGUAAUACGGAUCCUGAGAGUUAUCGUAAGGCCGUUGAAAUUCUUACCAAGUAUCAUCGGGAUAAGAAGCGUUUACCACAGGAAAAGGCAGACUUGUUGACGAACUAUAAUGAUGAUGAAACGGAUGGUUAUUGUCCAUUACAAGGAAAUACCUAUGCGGUUCAUAAAAUAGAUGCUGGAUUGAGUUUAGAUGGUAAUGAGGAAGCUAGUGAUGAUGAUGAUGGAUUAUCCUCAGCAGAUGCUAAUAAAGGAUGGAAUUGGGGUAGGGAUGGUGGUAGUGGUGUUGGUAUAGUAGACAAGCCAGAUGAUGAUGGGUUUAAGGAGAAGAAGAAGAAGUGA